AUGCAGGCUUAUCUCUUAGCCGUUUAUGGCAUCGGUUUCAGUCGUCCCAGAGCUCUUUCAAAUGCAAAGGACACUGCAGACGAGAUUUGCACCGUUUACGGGAGUGGUACUACGACCAUUAGGACCGUCCGCAAUUGGUUUAAGAAAUUUAGAGCCGGCAAUUUCGAUUUGCAAGAUGAAGACCGCAGCGGCCGUCCAGUAACGACGGAUGCGGACCUUAUCAAGACUGUGCUCGCUGAAAAUCCGCGAUAUAGUGUGCGCGAGAUAGUGGAUGACACUAACAUUCCCAAGACAACGGUACAUAAGCAUUUGAUCAAAAUGGGAUAUGCAAAUCGGUAUGAAGUUUGGGUUCCACACCUAUUGACGGAGACCGGCCUUAUGAACCGCGUCUCUACGUGCGAUUUGCUUCUUCAGCGACAUGAAAGAAAUCCUUUCUUAAAGAGUCUUGUCACUGGAGACGAGACUUGGAUUUUGUAUCAAAAUGUGUCUCGAAAAUGCACUUGGUCCAAGGAAAAUAGACCUUCAACUGUUGCGAAGCCUGGACUUCAUCCGAAGAAGGUUCUUUUAUCCAUUUGGUGGGACUGGAAAGGUGUAGUGUACUACGAGCUCCUUCCUCAAGGUGAAACGAUCAAUGCUGACAAAUAUUGUAAUCAACUUGAUCAACUGAAAGCCGCCAUAGCAGAGAAACGGCCAGAACUAGUGAACCGACGAGGAGUCGUUUUCCAUCACGACAACGCAAGACCGCAUGUUGCAAUGGUCGUGAGACAAAAAUUAUUACAGUUCGAUUGGGACGUUCUACCUCAUCCUCCGUACUCCCCAGACCUUGCUCCUUCCGAUUAUUACUUGUUCCUCUCCUUAAAAAAUUCUCUCCGUGGUAAAUCUUUCAAAUCCAUAAGCGAAAUAAAACGCACACAGAUGAAUAUUUUGCAAGUAAGCCUCAACAAUUUUGGAAAGAGGGCAUAA